AGUUGCAGUUUUAGUCACAAUCGAAACGGUCGUUUACUGAAAACAACGCGGCGUGUAUUUCGGUUCGAAAUAAACCACAAUUAAAGUAUCUUAACACAAAGUUCCUGUUCUGUUGGAUUUAAUAAACUUCAACUUUGCUAAAAAUCAAAAUAUUUUAAAGGAUUUUCCUUUUUACUUUGGAUUACUUUUUUAAAUAUUAAAAGAAACUAUCAAGAUGAUGUUCGUACAGCCAACACCACAACAACGCAUUAGCAUUCGCGAAGAAUUGCGCGAACCUGAGAAUCCAGCUGAGAUUGAGCGUGACAUUAAGCUCAUCCGCGAAUGGCUCAAUACUCAACCACAUUUACCAAAGGAUAUGGAUGAUGAACGUUUGGCUACAUUCUUGCGUGGCUGCAAAUUCAGUUUGGAAAAGGUGAAAAAGAAGCUUGACAUGUACUAUACUAUGCGUAAUGCUGUCCCAGAAUUCUUUGCGAAUCGUGAUGUUAACCGGGAAGAAUUAUCCAUGGUGUUUGAUUAUGUACACUGCCCUACAUUGCCCGGUUUAACUUCAAAUGGCCGUCGUAUUACAUUUAUACGUGCUAUUGAUUGUGAUUUUCAACCAAGCCAAAUUCCUGAUGCCAUGAAAGUUGCACUUAUGAUUGGUGAUGUACGUUUGGCUGAAGAAAGUGUCGGUAUUGCUGGUGAUAUCUUUGUUUUGGAUGCUGCUGUUGCUACUGCAGCUCAUUUUGCCAAAUUCUCGCCAACCAUUGUUAAGAAAUUCUUAAUCGCUGUUCAAGAGGCAUAUCCAGUAAAAGUGAAAGAAGUUCAUGUCAUUAAUAUAUCACCACUAGUGGAUACAAUCUUUAAAUUUGUUAGCCCAUUCGUUAAAGAGAAAAUACGCAAUCGUAUUACUUUCCACAAUAAUAUUGAAAGUUUAUACAAAGUAGUGCCAAAGGAUCUUUUACCCAACGAAUAUGGUGGCAAAGCCGGUCCCAUCAUUGAAUUAACUCAAAUGUGGAAGAAGAAGUUGAAUGAUUACACUGCUUGGUUCAAAGAGCAAGAGGAUAAGAAAGCAAAUGAAUCUUUACGUCCAGGUUCACCAAAGACUAGCGAUGAUUUGUUCGGUAUGGAAGGUUCUUUCAGGCAAUUAAACAUCGAUUAGAGAGCAAUUAAGAUUCAAAUUUGAGAUCCUAAAGAUCAUUUCUUGUGGUGACUACUUUAGUUUUUACAACCAAAGCUAAUGUGGUGCUCAUUAUCGUAUUAUAGCUUAAUUUUUUUAUACUUUAUGAAUUUAAUAUACUUUUUGUUAUUUUCGGUUAGCAUUACUUGAACUGCUUUGUCAUUUUUGUUAGGUGCGAAAUUUUCACACAACAUUUCAUUUCUCAUAUAUGUUUUUAAUUGAAUUAUUAAAAUAAAUAAAAAGCUUGGAAAA